AUGGCCUCAAGAUUCAUCCCAACCAUCGCGUCCCAGUCCCUGGGUCGUGCCUGGCACCAUAGCUUGGAACACAAGCUUGAUAUGUGUGCGCAGUACGGAUUCGAAUCAAUAGAACUAUUCUACGAAGACCUCGAAGCAGUUGCCAGGUCCUUGCCGACCUCCCACCCUGCCUCUUCCGCCGGUACCUCGUUCCAAUGUUCAACAGCCAUCCAAGAGCAACAGCUGGCUGCAGCAGAUUAUAUCCAUGAACUUUGCCAGGGACAUAAUUUGGAGAUCUUAUGUCUGCAACCAUUUAUGCAUUACGAAGGUCGCUUUGACCAGAAAUCACACGAUGAUGCAAUCACCAAGCUACACUUUUGGAUCAGAAUAGCGCAACGUCUAGAAACAGAUCUGAUCCAAAUUCCUUCAUCGUUUCUUCCUGCUAGCCAAUGCACAGGAGAUCGAGCUAAGAUCGUGGCCGACCUACAACAAGUUGCAGAUAUUGGGCUGAAGACAAACCCCCAAACAAGAUUUGCCUAUGAGGCAUUAUCAUGGGGCACAUAUGUUGACACCUGGGACAACGCUUGGUCGAUUGUCCUCGAGGUCGAUAGACCUAAUUUUGGAACUUGCAUCGACACGUUCAACCUGGCUGGGAGAGUAUUUGCUGAUCCUGCAUCUCCAUCCGGACGAACUCCAAAUGCUGAUGGCGAUAUGCAAAGGUCGAUAGCUAAACUGCGGUCUGAUUUACCCAUCGCUUUGAACAAAGUCUUCUACGUCGAAGUUUGCGAUGGCGAAAGACUUGAUAGUCCACUGCUGGCUGACCACGAAUUCUAUCACCCUCAACAGCCUACUCGUAUGUCCUGGUCACGAAAUGCAAGACUUUUCCCGUUCGAAAAGUCGGGGUAUCUACCAGCAGUAGAAAUCCUUGAGGCAAUUUGUGACAUUGGCUACACUGGUCACAUCUCAUUUGAGCUCUUCUCUCGAACUGCAAACCAGCCUCAACCUGAAGUGCCAGAAGAACACGCUAGACGCGCCCAGAUAGCGUGGAACAAAUUGUCACAACAUAUGGGGUGGGAGUCACAGGCUGCAGGCUCAGAUAUCUCCCGACCCGACUCCGGUUUUCAUGAGACUGAUGCUGAAGCACAAUACGCAGCUUCAGCUGCACGAUUAUGA